AUGGCGGACGACCUACAGGACGGAACGGGCCAGUCGGCCCGUCAAUUUGCCCACGCCGUGAGCCAGAUGGCCGUGACAAACAUCCUAGCGAAAGGCGCUGGCUUUGAGUACGUCCAGCCCAGUGCGACGAGUGCGUUGGUCGACGUCAUGGCAGCGUACAUCCAGAAGAUCGGCCGGGACGCGCAAGAGCUGGCCGAAGUUGCAGGUCGCGCCAAGCCCCGCGGCACCGACGUAUCUUUAGCGUUGAAGGACAUGGUGCCUUACCCCGUGGGACUGGACGACAUGAUCAAAGCCUUCCAGGAAUCCCAGCACAGGUACGAAGGAAAACUGGCGUUCCCUCGCGAAGUGCCCAAGUUCCCUGCCCCAUCCAAGAAGCGCAAGGCCGAUGACGAUCCCAUUGAAGAGAUUGGCCAGCGGGACUCGGACAAACCCGCGUACACGCCGUCGUUCGCGCCGCCACUGCCGUUCAAACACUCGUACUCGCAACAGAGCCACGUGGUUGUGUCCAAGGAGGUCGACCCCAAGCGGAUACGCCUCGACCUGCUGCACCAAAAGAGCGAAGUCCAGGCGUCGCUGCACAACUUGGCCGACCACGUCGUCGCAGCCCCCACGGCCCUGGUGGACCCAGUGUGGAAGCCCCACGUCAGUCGACUCGACUUGGCCAACCCGUACUUGGCUCCUCCCCGCGUCGAGUCUGCGGCGAGGCAGAGCAACCCUUUGACCAUCUACGCGGCCCCCACGCCAUCGUACCGACCUGUGGUAGCCAAGCCCACGAAACGCGCGAUUGAGAUCAUGUCUGGCAGCGACAGUCUCACCAACGACAACUCGAACGCGAACAAUCAAAAAGUUAAAGAAGACAAGAUCUUGGCUGGCACGUAUCACGAAGGGGAUUCGGACUAG